AUGUCCUUCAUCGCUCGCCAUGCCUUCCCACCCAUCCCGUCGCUUCCGCGCUCGUACUUUCUGGGUCACCACAAAUCCGGGCUCUCUAAGAUGAAGCAGCUGCUCACGUCCAUCGACCUUGUGAUUGAAUGUCGAGACUACCGGGUGCCGCUCACCUCGCGCAACCCGCUCUUCGAGAAGGCGCUUGAGGGUAAAGAGCGCAUCAUUGUCUACACGAAACGAGACUUGGGCGGCGGGCCGCGCGAGCAGAAGAACGAGCAGCUGAUCUGCGGGUGGCAUAAAGGGAACACGGUCUUGUUUGUGCGCAAUGGCGAGGAAGAGAAGGAGAGCAGGAAGGCAACGGGCAAGGUGCUCGAAGUACUCCGGGAGCACGCCGAGAAGCGGUGGAAGCUGGUCGGGCACCGAGUCAUGGUCGUGGGCAUGCCCAAUGUUGGCAAAUCCACGCUCCUCAAUGCUCUCCGCGGCCUUGGACUGGGCAAGGGCAAAGUCGCUCGAACGGGCGCACAACCGGGCGUGACGCGCAAGGUUGGGAGCGGGGUGAAGAUCAUACCGUCGGAAGACGACGUGUCUCAGGGGAAAGGCGAGCGCGGCGUAGGCGGCGGCGUUUACCUGCUGGACACGCCCGGUGUCUUCAUCCCGUACGUGCCCGACGCCGAAGCGAUGAUGAAACUGGCUCUCUGCGGCAGCGUCAAGGACACCAUCAUCCCGCCCGUCAUGCUGGCCGAUUACCUGCUCUUCCACAUGAAUCUCGUCGACGCCAGGCUGUACGCUGAAUACGCGCCGGGCCCGACCAACGACAUUGUGGAGCUGCUGGAGCUGAUGGCGCGCAAGACGGGCAGGCUGGGCAAAGGCGGCAAGGUCGACCAUGAAGCGACGAGUCUGUGGAUGAUGCAGAAGUGGCGGCGGGGCGAGCUGGGCCGCUUUGGCUUGGACAAGAUCGAUGAGGAGUCGCUGAUCAAGGCUAGGCAGGAUGAAGAGGGGGCUACGCCGAGUAUGAACCAGGCGCGCAAGGUGGAGCGGGAGAGGCGGCGGGCGAGGAACAUGGCGAGAGGCGAGAAUUGA